CCACUAUUAGAAUUGGUUCCCCCACAACCCCGAAAUCGGAAGCGUUCGGGCCUCUGUAGCAGAGGACCCUUUUGUCUAAACUAAAGGAAGGAUGUGAUUUUGGGAGUCGCGGUUGUUGGUUUUCCAGGAGGCUGGAGAAGAAGAAGCCUGGGAUUUGUUUUGGAUGGUCUGUUAUGCCCGGAAUUUAAAAUGGCUUCAAGGGGAACAAUUGAGACCAGCAAGCUGAAGCAGAACCUGGAAGAGCAACUGGAUAGACUAAUGCAGCAGUUGCAAGACCUAGAGGAGUGUAGAGAUGAACUGGAGGCAGAUGAGUACGAAGAAACCAAGAGGGAAACCCUCGAGCAGCUGAGCGAGUUCAACGAUUCCCUGAAGAAGAUCAUGUCUGGAAACAUGACUUUGGUAGAUGAACUCAGUGGGAUGCAGCUGGCUAUACAAGCAGCCAUCAGCCAGGCUUUUAAAACCCCCGAAGUCAUCAGGAUGUUUGCCAAAAAACAGCCUGGGCAGUUACGGACAAGACUGGCAGAGAUGGACAGAGAUCUGAUUGUUGGAAAGCUGGGGCGGGACCUCUACACUCAGCAGAAAGUGGAAAUCCUCACUGCUCUCAGGAAGCUUGGAGAGAAGCUUACUCCUGAUGAUGAGACUUUUCUUUCAACGAAUGCAAGAGCUGCUCUCAGUCAGUUUGAGAGAGUCUCCAGUGACCUUGGAUCAGGCGACAAAGUCUUCGCGCUGGCCAGUUUUGAGGUAGAAAAGUCAAAGCAAUGAAGGCAAGCUGUGUUCACCUGCGUUGGAUCUGAGUGUUUUGUUUCUUUUUUACCAUGUUGUAUUUGUGUGUUUCUUACAAACUUUUUUGUAAUGCUCUUUAUAUUAACGGCAACUGAAAACAAAAAAAGCUUUUAAAGUGCCCUUUUGCGUGCCUGGCAUCAUAAGGUCAGAGGUUAAGAACACUAAGUGGUACUUCUUAAAAUGAGGAAACGAAACUGAGCUACCUAACCCACUGUGACUGUCAUCUUUUAAACGUAUGGAAAUGUACACAUAUCCCCCCCACACGUCUUUGAAAUGUGCAUUCUCUAGUAAAACCUUUUCUCUCUCUC